AUGUCUGGAGGUUGGAACACUAUCGAGUCUGAUGCUGGUGUCUUCACUGAACUGGUUGACAAGUUACAAGUCAAGGACAUUGCCUUCGAGGAACUAUACUCGUUUGAUCCAGAGACUUUACAAGCCAUAGCCCCACUUUAUGGUGUCAUUUUCUUAUUCAAAUAUGGUGAAGUUGAUCAAACAUCAGCCCCAUUAGAUGGCGAAUAUGAUGAAUCAAAUGAGUCAAUUUUCUUUGCAAGACAAAGAAUCCAAAAUGCAUGUGCCACUCAAGCGGUAUUAAAUAUCUUGCUAAACAGAAAUGAUAUAGAUCUCGGUCCAGAAUUAUCAAACUUUAAAGAAUUUGUUGGUUCUUUUGAUUCGGAUCUAAAAGGUGAAACUAUUUCAAAUUCAGAUUUAAUUAGAACUAUACAUAAUUCAUUUUCAAGUCCCAAUUCAUUUGUUGAUGAAUCUCAACAAUCUUAUAAACCUGAUGAUGAUGAUGAGCUAUUCCAUUUCAUUGGAUAUGUUAGAAUUGAUGGGAAUUUAUAUGAAUUGGAUGGUUUGAAAAAAGCUCCAAUUAAUCAUGGUCCUUGUGCUAAUGAUGAUGAAUUUAUAAUGAAAUUACCUCAAGUUUUACAAAAUAGAAUCAUGCAUUAUAAAGAAGGUGAAUUAAGAUUUUCAUUGUUAGGUAUAGUUAAAGAUAGAAGAAAAGUAUUGAGUGAAAUUGGUGAUGAAGAUGGAUUAUCUAGAGAAAUUGCCAAACGUGAAUCAUGGUCAAAAGAAAAUGAAUUAAGAAGACAAGAUUUAAUGGGGUUAGUUUAUCAAGUUGUUAAAUCAAUUUCAUCAAAACAAUCUGAUCAAGAAUGGAAUGAAACUUUAAAUAAAGCAAGAACAAAAGGUGUUUCAAGAAUUUUGGCAAAACAAUUGAAAAAAUAA